AUGGCGGCUUCCUUGGUCGUCGCUUUAAUUGGCGGACCUUGCUUUAACCUCCUGGAUAUCCCCGACGUUCCGGGCCUGGUGAUCUUAGAUAUCGUCAUGGUCAUUGCCACGCUGAUGUUUUGCGUGGAGCUGGUGCUGAACUGGACAGCGACCACGGCAUACCGCUGGUCCUUCUUUUUUACCAUGGAUGUCAUUGGCACUCUGUCGAUGGUCUUCGAGAUCUCUUUCUUGUUAGGUCAGAGUGAGAUGGUCCAUGCCGUAGUGCUGCGUUCCGCGAGAGCAGCGAAACUGGGUGCACGUUCCAGCCGCGUCUUCAAGCUGGUCUUGUGCUGUUCCCUGAUCAUGCGCUACGGAGGGACGCGGCCGGAUGCUGAAAAGCCCCAGUUCGAAGCCAAGGUCUUGGCUCAAAGGCUCAUGUCCUCCAUUGCCACAAGAGUGGCCAUGCUGACCAUUUUUCUGAUUUCUGUCGUCCCUCUGCUAGAGCUGCCCAACUUCCCACGGGAGGACCAGUCCAUGGUCCUAUGGGCAAGAAAUCUGGAGGAGGCUUUUGCCACACAGAACGCCGCCAGCUUCCUGAAACAAGCGUCCGACAUGGUCGAGUUCUACCAGAACGACGACUAUGCACCGUAUGCCAUCGAGGGCUUUGGCGACUAUUCCCUUGACUCGGCCGUCACCAAACCCUCAAGGUCUAGAAACGACGUUCGCAUCGAGGUGUCUGAGUGCGUGCUCUCGCGCAGCAGCUGCGACAGCACGAUGAAAGCUGCAAUCCUGUUCAACUUCACAAAUGCUGGUCGAAUUUCAGCAGCCAUGGAAAUCACGCUGGUGUUCAUCAUCGUCCUCGUCAUGAUGUUCAUGACGAUUGACCUGGGCACUGUGCUGAACGACCUGCUGGUGAAGCCUCUCGAAAAGAUGCUUGCCGGCCUGAAAGGAUCUGCCCAGUCCUUGAUGAAUUCGCUCGGAACCACUAUCGGGAUGGAUUUGCAAACUGCCGGUGGCAGCGACGAUGAGCUACAGGAAGAAGAUGACGAAAGUCGGGCUACUGAGCUGGAGCUCAUCGAGCGGACACUGCAGAAGCUCUCGCGAAUUGCAGGGCAGGCGCUUAACAAGAACGAGAUCAGCAAGGAGGAGAUGGCGAAGAAAAGUGAGUAUGAGAAGGCCGUUCUUGUUGAGAUGAUGGGCGUCAAGGUCGCAGAGGAACAGGUCGAGCAAGCGCCGGCGCAGCUGGCUGCAUGGGCAGUGUCCCUCAACGGGGUCAAGAAGGACCGGGAGGUCAAGCUUCAGACCUGGAACUUUGACGUGCUGAACAUGGAACCUCGGGAGCUAGACGAAGCCAUCAUGCAUGUCUUCUUUGACUCUGAGUUCGGCGUGGCCCCAAUGUUCUGCGAUGAAGGGAUUUUCCCUGCAUUUGUAGAGGCGGUUAAGCCGGAGUACCUGGACGUGCCUUACCACUGCUUCGCCCAUGCCUGCGAUGUCCUACACACGGUCUUCCGGCUUAUGAGCCUCGCAGCGUCGCGCCUGUGGCUGACUCCAGCAGAGCAGUAUGCGCUGCUAGUAUCUGCGCUGUGCCACGACAUGGGGCACUUUGGCAGGACAAACCCUUUCCUCGUGGAAACGGGGCAUGAGCUGGCGAUUCGCUACAACGACAAGUCGCCGUUAGAGAACAUGCAUUGUGCCAAACUGUUUCAAAUCUGCCAAGACCCUUCGAAGAACGCUUUCGGGAAAGCUAGCAAGGAGCUAUACAAGGAGGCACGGAAAGUCGCCGUGGCUGCCAUUCUUCAUACCGACAACGCGAACCAUUUCGCCAUGGUCAAGGACGUGAGCCAGGUCUACGAGUCACAGGAUGCCAGCUGCGAAGCCCAAGCAGGCUUCGGAACGGAGGCUGAAAAGGUUCUGUGCCAAGACUAUCGGCUGAAAGUCUUGGAGCCCAACAAGCUGCUUUGGCUGGAGCUUUUCCUACACCUGGCUGACGUCUCCAACCCUCUGAAGCCUUUUCAGCUCUCAAGAGCGUGGGCCCACCGUGUGCUGGACGAGUUCUUCCUCCAGGGUGACGAGGAGAAGAGAUUAGGACUGCCGGUCGGCAUGCUGAACGAUCGAGACAAGGUGUAG